ACACACACACACACAGCCUUCUCUCAGGACUUAAACCCACUUGUUCAGUGGAAUUUAUUUGGAGACAGAAUUAAAGAGGAAAAGGAAAGAAAGACGAGACGCCCAGGAGUCCAGACUGUGUGUGUGUGUGUGUGUGUGUGUGUGUGUGAGGAGAGAAACAAGCAGAGAUGGACGGAGUGUGUGCAUCCACCGGGAGCUGCUGCAGCCCCUCUGAUCAAAUGCUCCAAUUUGGAUAACACACACACACACACACACACACACACAAACACACACACACAAACUGAGCAGCAGCAGGAAACGCAAGGGCUCCUGGAUUGCCCACUCGUAUUUCUGGGUCCAGACCAACCCCUCCACUGACACCCCAGGACUGAUUCACUGCCACAACGGGGGGAGUCAGUAAAGGGGGGGGAAAUUAUAUAUCUUAUACGCAUCACAGACGGCUAAAAGAUGAGUGUGAGCCGUAUUAGCCGGUACAGUAUCGUGUCUUCAGAGGAGGACGCUUUGCGCCUGACGACGAUCCAUGGCAGCGGCAUUAACGGCUAUGGAAAUGGAAACGGCAAGGUGCACACACGCAGGAAAUGCCGCAACCGCUUCGUCAAAAAGAACGGACAAUGCAAUGUGCAGUUCACCAACAUGGAGCAGAAAUCGCAGCGCUACCUGGCCGAUAUCUUCACCACCUGCGUCGACAUCCGCUGGCGCUACAUGCUGGUCAUGUUCACGCUCGUGUUCGUGCUGUCGUGGCUUGGGUUUGGUUUGGCGUUCUGGGUGAUCGCGCUGCUUCACGGUGACCUGGACAACCCGGCCGGAGAUGACAGCUUCACACCGUGUGUCCUGCACGUGAAUGGCUUCUUAGCAGCUUUUCUGUUUUCCAUCGAGACUCAGACGACCAUCGGAUAUGGUUUCCGUUGCGUGACAGAGGAGUGUCCGGUUGCCAUCUUCCUUGUAGUCUUCCAGUCCAUCGUGGGCAGCAUUAUCGAGUGCUUCAUGAUCGGUGCCAUUAUGGCGAAAAUGGCACGACCCAAAAAGCGUACUCAAACUCUUCUGUUCUCUAAAAACGCUGUCAUCUCUAUGAGGGACGGGAAGCUGUGCCUCAUGUGGCGUGUCGGAAACCUUCGUAAGAGUCACAUCGUCGAGGCUCAUGUCCGGGCGUUGCUAAUCAAACCGCGCGUGACUACUGAGGGAGAGUACAUCCCACUAGACCAGCUGGAUAUUAACGUGGGGUUCGAUCAGGGGCUCGAUAGGAUCUUCUUGGUCUCGCCGAUCACCAUUUUGCACGAGAUCGACGAGGAGAGUCCUCUUUUUGGGAUCAGCAAGCGAGAUCUGGAGACAGCGGACUUCGAGAUUGUGGUGAUCCUUGAGGGGAUGGUGGAGGCUACAGCCAUGACGGCGCAGGCUCGGAGCUCAUACUUGGCAAGCGAGAUCCUGUGGGGCCACCGCUUUGAGCCGGUGCUUUUUGAGGAGAAGAACGAAUACAAGGUGGACUACUCGCACUUCCACAAGACCUACGAGGUUCCGUCUACGCCGCGAUGCAGCGCGAAGGACAUGCUGGAGAGCAAGUGCGCGUCGGCUGCCGACAACGCCUCCACGUUCUGCUACGAGAACGAGCUUGCGCUUCUCAACCGUGAUGAGGAGGAUGAGGACGAAUGCAUCCCGAGAGAGCGGCAAGACUUUGAACAGAUGUCUCGGAGUCUCGAGCAAAGAUCUUACCGCCGCGAGUCAGAGAUUUAACCCCCUCUGACCUUUUGAUACAUCCUGGUUUAAACCAUGCAGAACAAUGCAAAAGUGCCAUAAUGUGAGGCUUAGAACUGUGCACAUUGCUGGUGUGUGUGUGUGUGUGUGUGUGUGUGUGUCUGUGUGUGUGUGUUUAUGUUGUGAGUGUUUAACAGAGAGAUGUUGCACAGUUUGAGCCAGAGACUUGUUUUUUUAAUUCCUGCACGGAAAACUUGAAUCUUUUCCUCCUUCUUGUUUCGUUUUUCCAAAAAUGUGGUUUAGUUGGAAUCUAAAAUCUCAGAAUUUGUAAAUAUUUUUGUGUGGAUGUGUAGGUCACGAUUCUGUGUGGAAAACUACUUUCAUUCCAGAAAGACAGCGAAAGAAAGAAAGAAAGAGAGAGAGAGAGAGAGAGAGAGAGAGAGAAAUGAGUUUUUUUUUUAUUUUCUUUUUGUCUAGACCUACUGAUACCAAAAUGCCCACACACGCACAUUCACAUUCACACACACACACACACACACACACACACACACACACACACACACACACUACAAGCAUGACAGAGUCCCCUUUAAAGUUGUACUACCUAAACAAACACGUCAGAGUUCGACCAAGCGCUAAAUUUGAUUAGACGCAAAAAUAGAAGCCCAGUCUGACUGACACACACACACACACACACACACACACACACACACACACACACACACACACACAGUUAAGUGGGAAUCCCUGUAAUUAUCUAAAACACGUCCUGAUUUCCAAUUCCUUCAUUACUGUGUGUUCCUGAUACAAGGAGGGGGCGGAGCUAAUGGUACAUGUCACAUGACCAAGUUUGCAAACCUCAGCAACAAUCAGAAAGUGCUUCUUUAUAGGAUAAUUGUAAAUGUUUUGAGUACUUUGUAGAAUAAUGCUUUGAUUUAUUCCCCUUUAAUAUUCAAACCUCAGGGCCAGAACGAGGCUGCUCUGUGUGUGUGUGUGUGUGUGUGUGUGUGUGUGUGUGUGUGUGUGUGUGUGUGUGUGUGUGUGUGUGAGAGAGAGAGAUAUAUUAGCACACGAUUACACAAUAAAUGCAGAAUAAAUAGCGAGCUCAUCCCAUAAAGAACUCCAGUGUGUAACACGUGUGUUGUCCCGGAGGUGAAAUGUAAUAAGUUAAAGUCACUGUUACUGCACUAAAUUUUACUUAAGCACGAGUAAAGUUACUGGUCUAAAAAUCUACGCGAGUAAAAGAAAAACCAUCUCUCAUUUACAGUUAACUCCAAUCUUAUGCAGGUCUUCUGUAAAUGAUUACACUUUUUAUUUAUAUUAUAUAACACUUUAAUGGUCACAUUGCUAAUAGAGCUUCACUGUGCAGGCGCUGUUCAUUCCAACCCUGGUGCUGACCAACAUUAGCGAUGUGAUGCAGUCACGCAACGCGACAGUAAUAAUGAUCUGAUCUAAAUAUAUAAGAUAUUAUUAACUGAGCUGAUGCUUGUGCAGGUUUGAUGGAAGUUUUUGAAGCUGUUCUCCACCCAUCAAUCAAUUGGUGCAGUAGUUUCCAGUUUCCCCUUCAUUUUUUUACUUUCUUAUCUUUUUAUUUCUGUAACAGAUAUGAUUUAAAGUGUAGUUAAGUUUCACACUGCAAACUAAACUUGCUUUAGGUAAAAGUACCAUUACAGAUUUGAUUUUACAGAAGUACACAAAAAACCCUACUCAAUUACAGUAACGCGUACGAUACAACAGAGUACUGUUACACAAUUAUAACACACAACUACGACAUACACAACCGUGAUACACAAUUGUGAUUCACAACUCGGACGAGGUUGAGCUCAUCUUCUGUUAGCUGAUAAAACAUUUAGUCUCAGAAAUCCUGUGCAGAAUAUUACAAAACCACAGUGCUAUAAUGACCUAUUGAGGGAAUGAAACAGCUGGAACAGCAGCUGGAAUUUACUGAUCACAAUAAAAUGCAUCAGUUUCUACAAAAGAAAAAAAUCUGUUACAUUAAUUUGCAUAAGCUUUCUGCAUAAAGGAAAUCUAAUUGAUUAGCUAUGCACCGUCACUAGCCUGCUAGUCAAAAUAGUUUAUAUUUUAGGACAAACUAUUGAGUGAAAGUUUCAGUGGGAGGGGCUUGGGGGCAAAAAAAACCCCUCUAAAGCAGUAUAUGGUUAGUCUAAUGUUCUGAUAUGAAGCGUCUGUAAAUGUACAGCAAUAAACUAAUCCUAAAAUAUUAGCAUUAAAUGCUAACAGGUUCUGCUGGUUACAGUUCUGGUGGUAAUGUUCAUUGCAUUUCUGGACUUUUUUAAGUAACAUAAAUUAUGUUCCAGGACCUUUACAAGAUUUCAUUAAAUACCUCAGGAUUGGGCUGUAGGGUUUAGGAGAAUUGGUAGAUGAUAGUACACUAGAUUUAGAGUGUAGAGCGUAGGGGUCAAGGGUGAGCUAUGAUACACAGACAUUCUGUAGAAGGGUUUAGGAUUUAGGGAACUUGACAUACAAUGGUACAGGCUACAUUAGAAAGUUGUAGGGUGUAGGGUUUAAAGUGAACUAUGAGACUCAGGAUUUCUGUAGAAGGGUGUAGGGUUUAGGGUUUAGGGGAUUUAUUAAGUGAUAUAAGAUGAAUGCGGUAGUUCAUGGUCCUGGAGAAGAGAUAAGGGUGUAGUGUUACUGUGAUGUACAGACUUCUUGAGAAAGGAUUUAAGGGAGUUUAACAAUGGUGUAGAGUUUAUAUAGGGAUUUAGGGUAUAGGCUUCAGGGCUAUGAGCUAUGAGAUAGUUAUGAGCGCUUCUGUAGUAAAGUUUAGGAUGUAGUGUGUAGGGUGUAGGGUGUAGGGUAAAAGGUAUAGAGCACAGUUUAUAGUGUUCACAGGAUUUACCAGAUUAUACAAGAUUUAUUUGAUGGGUAGACGGAUUUGAGAAAUAAUGGUUUCUAGAGCUUUUUCUGCUCUUUAUAAAUCUAUUUUCCUGAAACAAAAAGUAUGAGGUUUGGGUUUAUCUGGUAGCCGCUAGAUUUCUGUGAUAUUUUUAACUUUACGACUAGAUUAGCUUUUCAGCAGUAAAUUGCUCAGACAUGUGGUAACAGAUACUACAGAUAUGUGAUUCAGGGGUCGCUAAUAAGCCCCACCUACUUCACCUGAAAUAGGGGGAAAAUGCUGGUCAUGUAGCUGAUGGGAACCACAUUAAGAAGUGAUCUGUAGUGUGUAGGGUGUAAGGUGUAGGGUUCAACAGUAGAGCAACAACAGAACAAAAAUAUUUUUACAUUCUUUUAUAUUUUUGUAGUUGUUAAUGCACAAGAACAGAGUGACGAUGCUGAAAACAGCAUGG